GAUUUGUUUCCAGUCUAGCGUUCUCAGAAGGAGACGUAACGCUGUGCUCCAAAUGCUCGCGACGAUCUCUUCCAAAUUUGGGCUGCAACUUCAAGACGAUGGCGGUGUUCAAAAGCAGAAAGCCAGGAAAGGGGACAGCUCACUGAAGCCUGAAGGUCAUGGUGCUAUCAUUCAUCAUGGCAGCACGUAGUAGAAGAAGGUGUGCGUUGGAGCAGGGUCCUUUCUUUGCAGUGGUGGCUUGCUGUAAUCUGUAAAAAAUAGCGUGCUUGGCGGAAGCAAGAUCUGUGUGGGACAGCACAAGUUGGGAGACUCUGGCAAACCAAGCAGCUUGUGAACCUGGCAGUGUAGGCCUGCGAUUUGGAUUGCAGCAGCCUUGAAAAUUGAGCAGUACGAGGGAUCUGUUCAGCGGUUAAGGUAAAGAGUUGCUGGAAAUUCUUGUUGGCCUAUUCCCGGCUGCUUGGUGCACUUUGUCAGCACAACUCCAGGAUUCACCAGGAGGGGUUUUUGGAGACGGCAUCAUGUUUUGGCGGGUGGCUGGGCUGGCUACUACGUCGCCGGUGGAGACCGUGCUUGACAAGGAGUCUUUUACGCUAGAGAAUCUUCUUGAUGAAGAUGAUCUUAUACAGGAGGUCAAGUCUAUGAACGGGCGUCUUGUGAGCUACCUUCGGAACCGUCCCCAGGUCGAGCAGCUUCUCAAGUAUGUUGUGGAGGAACCCCCACCAGACGCGGACGACAAACGGCUUUUCAAGUACCCCUUCGUUUCUUGUGAGGUCUUCACAUGCGAGAUCGAUGCAAUCUUUAACACCUUGUUGGAGAGCGAAGAGCUCAUGGACCUGCUCUUCUCCUUUGCCUCCCCCGACCGCCCCCACGGGGCGCUCCUCUCGGGCUACUUCUGCAAAGUGGUCAUCUGCCUGCUCGUACGGCGCACGCACGACGUGAUGCGGUACCUGCAGAACCACCGGGACUAUCUGAAGAAGCUCGUGGAUCUGAUUGGCAUCACCUCGAUCAUGGAGGUCGUCAUGCGCCUUGUGGGAGCAGACGAGCAGAUCUUAAUGUUCCAUGCGGAUGCGGUCCAGUGGCUCGCCGACACGGAUCUCCUCGAGAUGCUCGUCGAGAAACUUGACCCACAGCAAUCCCCCGACGUGCACACCAACACGGCCGACACCCUUUCCGCGGUCGCGCGCACCGCGCCCUCCGCGCUCGCGUCUCAGCUCGCGAGCCCCGACUACAUCUCUAAGCUCUUCAAGCACGUCCUCUCCAGUCCCCAGUCCAAGUCGUCCCUCAUAAACGCCCUCUCGGUGUGCAUAACGCUGCUAGACCCGAAGAGGAUCUCGGCCGCGGCGGCCGCCGGCCAGGCCCGGGGGAUCCAGAACUUGCAGCCGGGCACGGGGGGGCUGAUUGCGGCCGCGCCGGAGACUGUCGACGGAAUGCUCCAGCAACUAGGUGACCUUCUGAAGCUGCUAGCCGUGAAGGGCGACGAGCACGUGCUGCCCACCACGUACGGCCAGCUGUCGCCGCCGCUCGGCAUCCACCGGCUGAAGAUCGUGGAGUUCAUUGCGGUGCUCGUGCGCACGGGGAGCGUCCCGGCCGCCGAAGAGCUCAUGCGCCUCAUGGCGAUCAACACUGUUCUUGACCUCUUCUUCGAUUUCCCGUUCAAUAACCUGGUCCACCAUCAGGUGGAGUCCAUUGUGAACAGCUGCCUUGAAGACUCGAACCCUGCGCUCCUGGACCAUCUCCUUAAGGACUGCAAGCUUGUUUCUCGGAUCUUAUCAGCCGACGCAGACCCGCACGCACCAGAUACCACCCCCACGGGAACCCCAAAAACGAGCAGUCGCGGGCCUAGCCGUGCCGGUUACAUGGGCCACUUAACGCGCAUGGCGAACAAGCUGAUUGCGCUGUCGCCAACGAACGACGCGAUCCGGGGCGCACUCGAAGGGGAGGCUGGAUGGAACGAGUGGCACCAGAACGUGCUGCAGAAGCGGAACAGCGUGGAGAACGUCUUUCAGUGGAGCUGCGGGCGGCCGACUGCUGUUGAGGAGCGCACGUCGGAGCCCGUAACCGACGGCGAAAGCGAGUUCAUGGACCCGCAGCGCGACUUCGACUUGCCGCAAGGGAGCAUGGCCAACAACAUUGGACGGGACCGCUUCAGCAACCGCUACGGAGUGUUCGACGGGGAGGUCGAAGAGCAGGACGUGUUUUUCGACGACGAGACCGCGGAGGUGGUCAUCUCGUCCUUGCAUCUGGGGGGUGACGACAGCAGCGACGAGGACGAGGGGGAAGCCACGUCGUCGAAGAGGAGCCCCGAGGGAGCGGAGGUUAUUGAUAGCGACAGCGAUGAAGAAGAGGUGUCCCCCAAAGUCCCGAGGGGGGGCUUCCGCUUCCCCAAGCCCACUGCCCUGGAGGUCGAAGGUGCGGGGGAGUCUUCCGGCGGGGGGGGCAGCGACGACGAGGUUGUGCUUGGAGACGAGGACAUGCUGCCCGGGAGCCCAACGGCGCCAGUGGAUUUGUCGGAAGCUGCGGCAGCGGCGGCAGCCGGGAAACUGGGCACUGCUGGCGUCAUCGCUGAGGGCAGCGGGAAGCUCUCCGAGGCGGCGCUCGCCAAGGAGGCGACCCAGGACGUGGACCUGUUUGGCGACGCGUCGCCCUUCAGGGCCACGCAGCCCGCCAACCCGCCCGCGGCCCCUGCCCCCAAGAACUUCUUUGCUCCCGCAGGGUCUCCGCCGGGCGGGUUUGCGGACUUCAACUCCUUUGCGGCGGACUUCGCCGCCAACUUCUCUGAUUCGCCAGUACCUGCAAGCUCUCCUACGCCCUCAAAGCCCCCUAGCCGCGGCUUCGGAUCCCCCGAGUCGUUUGGCUCGCCAGACUCGUUCGAACCCCCCAACCAUUCCUUCCCCGCUUUCCCCAUCAACCCCGCCCGCAAUAUCGACCUUUUCGCCGAUGAGACGCCCUUCACGGUUGGGGGGCCCUCCGCUUUCUCCGCCGUCCCCCCCAAACCCGCGCACGAGAAAGCGGAGCCCCUCGACACCAAUUUGUUUGCCUCUGCCGGGGGGGAUGUUGGCGUCAGCCAGGGACCCCCCCUCAACGACCUUUUCGCAAAGGGGGGGCCCCCUUCCCCUCCCGUCGACCUGUUUGCUGCGGCGCAGGCGACCCCCCAUGCGGAGGAAGCGCACAGCGCCAUGCAGCAGGGGACUGCUACGGAGAUUGGGUGGUUCAAAGACGACGCCAGCCGCGCGCCAGAGGGGUCGGAAACGCCUGGUUCGGACACCCCCGAAGAAGGGCGCUUCUCGUCGGACUCGUUGGAGAAGCCUUCCAAGGAGGGGUCGGAAAACGCGGAGCCUGAGGGGCGGGGGUUGUAUUCAGCGGACUCGCUAGACACGGCCACCGAGGGGGGUUUGGAGAAAGUGGAUUCGGAGGAGGGGGUGCGAGAGAUGAGCGAGUCUGGCGGUGAAAUGACCGUGGAGCAACCCAAGGGAAAAGUUGGGAAGGAGCAUGAUAGCCAUGAAACUGACAAGCAUGCAAAGCUAGAAGAAGACACGUCCGAGCUCGGGCAUGGAAAAGGACCCAAAGAGGGUUUGAAAGACGACGCAAGCCCGGAGUUGACUUCCGAGAAGGAUGUCAAGCCCGAGUCGCGGGGAGCCCUCGGGGGUUUGGCCGCUCUCGGAGCGGCGGCAGUUGGCGGCGUUGGGGCAAUCGGGGCUAGCUUGGGCCACGCGUUUUCAAAGCAGGAUUCGGAUGAGAAGCCCGCGGAAGCGAUCGAAAGCGAGUCGAGGAUGGAGGCUGUUGACAAGCACCAGCGGUCCUUGGAGGCGCCUUCUACCUCGUUGCAAACGCCCGCACACGGCGCGCAUGCUCCAACAAACGUAAUAGGCGCUGGCGAAGCUACGGGUGGCAAGUUGGGAGCCGAGGAAUCGGCGUCAGCGAAACAGAAUCACGUGGGUCCAGCAGAGAAGUCCGAGUUUAACGAUGUAAACUUCUGGAAGAGUAGCUAUGGAAUGUCAAUAGACGAAGAUGCUCUUUAACGCAGCGCCUACAUACUUCCCCUUGACACGUGAUGGGUCCUUUCUUCAAUACGGCUAGCUUGGCAUUGUGGCAGCCGCCAGCGUUAUGUUGUAUAGGUCAUUAUCAGGCUUUGAAUGCAUCAGGUGAAGCAGAUUAUAUAGAAAGGAUUGGACAGUGAAAAGCCACAUUGAGCCAGACUCGCUAGUGACUUGCAAGCUUGCUAAACCUCCACAUGUCGCCUAUUCUUCAAAGCCUUUCUGGAA